AUGUCAUUUCUCGUCAAUAAGUUGAAGGAAGGCCUGAAGGACGCCGAGGACGGCCUCAGGGAAGCCAAAGACGACAUCAAGUCCGGUUUCGAGCACGUAGAGGAGGGCGCGAAGCGUGUCGUCCACCACCAUGUUCACUCCCACAUGCACUACCCGAAGGAAUGCUCCGACGGCGACAGUCAUCACUUGCAUCGCUUUCAAUCUUUUGCGCCGCAACGUGAGGGCAAUAAUGCCAAGUGGUAUGUCGAUGGAUGCAGUUAUUUCCACGCAGUGUCCGUCGCUCUUGAGCACGCGCAUACCGAGAUCUGGGUUUUGGAUUGGUGGUUGAGCCCUGAGUUAUAUCUGCGUCGACCCCCGGCCAAAAACGAACAGUAUCGCUUGGAUCGAAUGCUCUUCGCUGCGGCCGAACGCGGUGUACAAGUCAACAUCAUUGUGUACAAGGAAGUCACUCAGGCACUCACCUUGUCCUCUUCGCACACUAAACACUGGCUUGAGGACGCAGCAAGGAAUCCUACAGGAAACAUCAAAGUUUUGCGCCACCCCGACCACGUCCCGGAUGCCAAGACGCUGGCGUCAAACUGGUGGGCGAACAUCAGAGAGCACGGCUUUUCCCCCGCCAAACUCGCUGCUCUGCCCGUCGAUGCGGUGGAAGGCAUCUACGGCGUCGGCGAAGACACCAUCCUUUACUGGGCGCAUCACGAGAAGCUGUGUGUAGUGGAUGGCGAGAUUGCUUUUAUGGGCGGCCUGGAUAUGUGUUUUGGCCGGUGGGAUACGAAUCAGCAUUCCAUCGCCGAUGCCCACCCCGAUAAUCUGGACAACAUUGUCUUCCCCGGACAGGACUACAACAACGCCCGAAUCUACGACUUCCAGGAUGUGUCGCAUUGGGAAAACAACAAACUGGACCGCAAGUACAAUUCGCGCAUGGGCUGGAGCGACGUCUCCAUCUCACUCCAAGGGCCGGUCGUGGAGGACCUCCGAGCACACUUCGCCCAGCGCUGGAAUUUUAUUUAUUUCGAGAAGUACGGCAGCGACAAACGCUACCAUCCCAUCAUCUUCCAGCCCAGCCGGACUGGCAUUAUCGGCCAUCCGUACACGCCUGGGACUGAUGGCGGAGAGCCGGAUGGAAACGGCCAGUAUGAAGGGUUCCGGAAGCGUAUGCAUGAGAUUCGUGAGCACGGUCGACUGAGAUUGCAAGAUGAGCGGAAACGGCUGAAGGAGGGCGCGAGUGUGGGAGAGGAGGCUCAUCGAGUGGCGGAGGAGACGAGGGAGAGGAUCCGGCAGGAGUUGCAUCGGGGAAAGCAGGAUUCUACUCUGCCGUCUGUUCCUACUGGACCAUAUCCUGGUGGUAUGCAAUGUCAGAUCAUGCGCUCUUGUUGCAAGUGGUCUCAUGGCGUCCCUCUGGAACACUCUAUCGCGAACGCCUACAUUGAAACGAUCAGAACAGCCGAACAUUUCAUUUACAUUGAAAAUCAGUUCUUCAUCACCGCUACGGGAGACUCUUCCCUGAAGCCCGUGGAGAACCAGAUUGGCGCCGCGAUCGUGGAACGAAUUCUGCGAGCCGCGCAGAACAAGGAGAGCUUCCACAUGAUCGUGGCUAUCCCUGCACUUCCGGGAUUCGCGGGCGACAUUCAAUCCGACGAGGCUUUGGGCACACGAGCGAUCAUGCAAUUCCAGUACAAUGCGAUCAAUCGGUCCAAGCACUCGAUCAUGGGCAAAAUUACGGAAGCCGGGGUCGAUCCAACGGAAUACAUCCGCUUUUACAACCUCCGAAACUACGACCGAAUCAACACCGCCAGCCCGAUGAAGGAGGUAGAAGCGCAGGCGGGAGUGGACUACGACGAUGCCCGCCGAGGGUACGACGAACGCUACGGGCAAGCGGCGGAAGCGCAGGCCUACGGCGCAGGCCAUGAAGACCCCACGUCGAAUGAGAAGGCCUAUGAGAAGUACCAAGAGGCGGCCGCGGACGUGCGUGGAGGCGCCACCUCCGCUGACUCGGUUGCGUCUUGCUAUAUGCUUGGCGGCAAGGACAUUCGCAACGUCCCGUGGACGGGAGAUGCGCAGUCGGAGAUGGACGCCUUCGUUACCGAGGAGCUGUACAUUCACACCAAGAUGUUGAUCGCCGACGAUCGCAAGGUCAUUGUGGGCUCCGCGAACUUGAACGACCGCAGCCAGUUGGGAUCCCACGACUCGGAGAUCGCCAUCCUCAUCGAAGAUCAAGAGGAGAUUGACUCUUUCAUGGCAGGCAAGCCCUGGAAGGCCGCCAAAUUCGCCGCAUGCCUACGAAGACAAGCCUUCCGAAAACACCUCGGGCUGAUCCCGCCGCAAGACUGGACAUCGCCGAAUGCCAACUUCCUCCCCGUGGGCGCCGAUCCCAACGUGUACGACUGGAACAGCCGCGAAGACCAAGCUGUCACCGACCCCCUCGCGCCCUCCUUCCUCAGCCUCUGGAACACGACCGCACGCAACAACACUGAAGCCUUCCGCCGCGUCUUCCACGCCAUUCCCGAUGACACCGUGCAAGACUGGAAGCAAUACGACGCCUUCUACGACCAGUACUUCAAGCCGAGCAAAGCGAACGAAGAGGCAAAGAGCGGCGGCGAGCCGAAACCGAAUGUGGCGCGCGUGGGCCACGUGUGUACGGAAGAAUUCAGUGCGGGCGAGCAAGGGGUGAAGGAGGUGAAGGAGGUGCUGGCGAGGGUCAAGGGGACGCUGGUGGAGAUGCCGUUGCUGUUCUUGAAGGAUGUGCAGGAUUUAGCGCAUGAGGGCUUGUCGUACAAUGCGAUGACGGAGGUGAUUUAUACGUAG